GCCUGCUAGUAUUUAUAAAAUUCUUCUUUGAGAUUGACGCAGGAUUUAGAUUUCUAAACUUCAAUUUAACAUCCUGUCCUUGACUUCCAAUUGUAUAGAGGAAGAAGACACGUGUUUUAUAUACUUUCGUUUUACUGUGAGAUGGGUUUUAUUUCCUCCGGCCCAUUUUGCAGAUUAAGUUUGAAAGUUGUUAUUUUGUUGUCAGGGGAGGGGGUAGUGUAAUAGGCGGAGGUUAGACCCCCUUGGGCGUUGCUUGGACUUUGCUGACGGUCAGGACUUGGUUGCAGUGGGAGCUGCUUUUAAAGAGCGCCUGGUGAGAGGGAUGAGAUGUUGAAGGUGGGUCGCCCGUGCGGAACACAGCGCUCGCACACCUCGCCGGUAUGGAUCCCACGCGGGUUUUUCAACUGCAGCUUUGUGAUACGUCAGCACCAACUGUGAACGGGUACUACCUGCAGGAGAGCGACGAUAUGACCAGCUGUGAGGAUGGCAGUGAGGGCCAAGAAACUGGUGCAGACAAAGCCUAUGAAACUGUAAAUGCAUCAUCCAUCUCAGAUGACAGCAUUCAGUUCUAUGUCAACGUGAACGUAGAGCUGGAGCCAAAUGCAGAUGAAAAUGACAAUGCUGGAUGUGUCUUGCUACAUACUUCUAGAAAAUACCUGAAGUUGAAGAACUUUGAGGAGGAGGUGCGAGCGCACAAGGACCUCGACUGUUUCCUCGCAAAGGCUGGAAUCUUGCUGGACAUGACGGCCCUGUCGCUUGACGACGUUCUGCAAGAGAUGCUCAAGCACAUUGUGAAGGAGUCCGAUAACAUGGAGCCCAGUUGCAACUUGGAUGAAGUCAUGGGUGGUUUAUUCACGGAUUCGAGCACUUCUCAGAAAGGCAAUGGAAAUGUGCACCUCCUGUCGAACAUCAUUCAAGGAGUUUCUUCUACAACAACUGGUGUUCAAUACCAGCAGUCCUGGCUCUGUCUUCUGUGCACUGUCACGACACUCCAGAAGCGCCACGUGUGUAUAAGCCGACUAGAGAGGCCUCAGAACUGGGGGGAGAAUUGCUGUGAGGUGCGCUACGUUAUUCUGAUCCUGGUGCCAGCCAAAAUGAAGAGCACAAAGACUGCCAUUGAAGUUGGAAGGACUUUUGCCACAAUGUUUGCUGACAUGAACUUCCGUCAGAAACUCUCAGAAGCUAAAACAAAGGAGGAGUUCAAAGAGACUCUAAUUCUUCAGCGACACCUUCUAACUGUGAUCCAUCGGGAGCCAAGCAAGAAAGAGGAUUCGAAGGAAAAGCAGGAUAAUCGCGCUCAGGCUCAUAACUACCUAUGUUUGGGUAAAGGAAUGCUGGAAGACCUAAGGCGCAGGUUGCCUUUCUAUCUCUCGGAUUAUACAGACGGUAUACUUGGAAGCAAUAAGUCCAUCAGAAAGUACAUCACAACUAUCUUGUUUCUAUAUUGCAUCUGCCUACUACCAACGAUAGCUUUUGGUUCUUUAAACGCUGAGAACACUAGAGGGUCGAUCGAUGUGCAGAAAACCAUACUUGCCCAGUGCAUUGGAGGAGUGGCCUAUGCAGUAUUCGCUGGUCAGCCAAUGGGUAUAGUUUUAACAACUGCACCCCUGGCCUUGUACAUACACGUAAUCCAGGGCAUCUGUGAUGACUACAGUCUGAAUUUCUUUGCUUUUUACGCCUGUGUUGGCUUGUGGAAUAGUUUCUUUUGUGUCAUCUAUGGUAUCGGUAACUUAAGUUCAAUGAAGAAGUUUUUCAAAAGAUCAACAGAUGAGAUUCUAGCCGUCUUCAUAUCCAUUGCAUUUGUGGUGGACGCUUGUAAAGGCUUGGCCAAAAUUUUUCAGGAUUAUUACUUCUGCCCUAAAAUCCAAGGAGGGAGCGAGGAGUUUGGUUCCAAGUUUAAUGCCAGCCAUCCACUCAACGCUACGGACCCUGACUCUGGGGCUCAUCCCUGUGGCCGGGAUAGUGCUGUCCUAAGUCUUUUCCUGAUGCUCGGCACCCUGUGGCUGGGGUACACCUUGUUCCAGUUCAAGAAAAGCCCUUUCCUGCAUGCCCGGGUCCGUGAAACCUUGUCUGAUUGUGCCUUGCCAAUAUCGGUGUUGGUGUUUUCAUUUGUGGGAUCAUUCCUUUUUAGAGAUAUCAAGGUUGCUUCAUUUAGUUAUGAUCCAAACAAAGGCUUGUUCAAUCUGGCCCCGUUUCAUGUUCUGUCUGUCGGAGCGAUAUUUGGUGGAAUGGGUUUGGGCUUCCUUCUCUCAAUGCUCUUUUAUUUGGAACAGAACAUUGUGAUGUCAUUAACAAAUGCUCCCCAGAACAGAUUAAUGAAAGGCACAGGCUAUCACUGGGACAUCUUCCUUGUGGGCAUUGUUAACAUAGUUUUGUCCAUCUUUGGGUUACCAUGGGUACACUCUGCAUUCCCCCAUUCUCCUUUGCAUGUCCGUGCUCUAGCCUUUGUGGAGCAGAGAGUGGAGAAUGGUCAUCUAUACGAGAUGAUUAUUCGAGUUAGGGAGACUCGUGUGUCGGCUCUUGUGGCACACAUACUAGUGGGAAUCUCGCUUCUGCUGUUACCCAUCCCUCUCCAGUGGAUUCCAAAACCCGUUUUGUACGGGCUCUUCCUCUACGUUUCUGUGACCUCCAUCGAUGGGUGUCAGUUUUUUGAGAGAUUGGCUCUUCUAUUUAAAGAACAGACUUCCUAUCCCCCCACACACUACAUCCGGAGGGUCCCACAGAGGAAGAUCCAUUACUUUACUGGUCUCCAGUUAAUCGAGGUUGCCAUUCUCUGUGGCUUUGGAAUGGCCCCACUGCCAUACUUGAAGAUGGUCUUUCCACCCAUAAUGCUGGCAAUGGUUCCUGUCAGGUGCCUCAUCCUUCCCAAGAUAAUUGAAGCCAAGUAUUUGGACGCAAUGGACGCGGACCAUUAAGGAACAGCAGAGGUUGGCCUUUGGACCACGGGAGCUUGGGAUAAUGGGAUGUGUCUGGAGGAGAGUCUUUGUACAUUUGCAGCUUAAGCUUGAGGACUGGCUUAAGUGUAUGUGCACUGAAUGAAGAAAGUGAUUGGCCGGGGCUGCCACCUUAUCGAGCCCCUACAAUUAGAGGGGCCAAAUCCUGUGCUUUUUUUUUUCUUUUACAUUUUUUACACCACACUUUGGGAAAUCUCUUCAGAUAAGAUUGCACAAUGGAGAACUGGAGUGAUGGGAUUGACAGUUUAUGGAAAUAAUGUUGCACACUUUUGAAAUUGUCCUGACACAGCCCCAUCCUUCCCAUUUACUAUCCCACCUGUCCACAGAAGAUAUAGGACUGAUUGUUUAUAACCUUCAGACAGCUAGGGGCUUCUGAGGCAGUGGAUCCUCCAUGCUAUCUGCCAAGUAGUGGAGCUGUGUAACCAUUGUGGUGGUGUUGAUGGUCUUGCUCUACCCACGUCCCUAGCACGAGCCAUCUGACAGGGAUUUCAUAUUUGUGUUCUGCACCUUGGUGGCCUUGUUACCUUCACUGGUACCUCUCUAGUCACCGAUUUCUUUAAAAGUGAGAGCUGCAAAUUUGAGGGCCAUCACUUCCGUGGUUGUGAGCUGCCGAUGGAACAGGAAGGCAUGGGAGCCACUGUGUGCUGGGCUAUUGUAUCUAAUCGGGAUGAGUCCAUGCAUUUCACUGUCCCUGCUGUUCACAAGCAGCUUCCUACCUCUCCUGAUUAGCUGUAAAGCAAAUCUUGGAGAUGCUGACCCUUCACUGCGCACACGGCUGUGUGCAUCCUCCUGUACUGUAGAGUUGUAAAUGGGUUGUAAAUGUAAAUGGUUUGUUUCUACCACAGUGCUAUAACCCAAAGCCUGUCUGAUUUACUGUAAUAUAUCCUAAUCAUGAUAUUGAUCAUUGGUUUCUUGCUGAUGUCUGAUAUUGACAGUGGUGGAACAGAAAAAUUAAAAUACUGGAAAUGUUUUCU